UUUUGUACGUAUUUCCUUGCGCAUGCGUGUUGUACGUACCAGACGACCCAAUCCAAGCUAUUUUAACACACGGCGAAAAACUCAAAGUGAUUUCCAGAAGAUGGCGACCGCACUGGUGGCGUCAAAUUCAGUUCCUGCAAAUGGUGAAACUGAGAAAUGUGAAACAGCUGUUCAGAAGGUUGUGAAUCCUGAAACUUACAUCAAACAUCCAUUACAAAACAGGUGGGCUCUUUGGUUUUUCAAGAAUGACUGUACAUUUGCGCCGCUGUGUGUUUUUGUACUCAUCUCCAAAUUUGACACUGUGGAGGACUUCUGGGCAUUAUACAAUCACAUUCAGCUGUCAAGUAACUUGAUGUCUGGCUGUGACUACUCUUUGUUUAAGGAUGGGAUUGAGCCCAUGUGGGAAGAUGAAAGGAACCGGCGAGGCGGCCGCUGGCUGAUAACUCUGUCUAAGCAGCAACGUAAAUCAGACCUGGAUCGGUUCUGGUUGGAGACGCUCCUGUGUCUUGUUGGAGAAGCUUUUGACGACUACAGUGACGAUGUUUGUGGAGCUGUCAUUAAUGUUAGAGCCAAAGGCGAUAAGAUCGCUAUAUGGACUACAGACUAUGAAAAUAAAGAGGCCAUCACACACAUAGGGCGUGUGUAUAAAGAGAGGCUAGGCGUUCCGCCAAAAGUGAUCAUUGGUUACCAGUCACAUGCAGACACGGCCACAAAGAGUGGCUCAACAACCAAGAACAAGUUUGUUGCCUGAGGAUCUGAGGAUUAUCAACCAAGCCUUCUUGUGUUUCCAAAUAGAUUUUCUGUAUUUUUUUUUUCUUUUUUUUUCUUUUUUUUUUUUUUUAAAUUGAAUGUAACUGCGAUCUUUGGAAAAACAUUGGGGAAAAGGGAUAAAAUAGCUUCUUUUUUUUUUGUGUUUUUGUUUUUGGUCACUUAUCACAUGUUUGGGACACUUAAAGGUGAUGGUGUGAUAAAGAUGCCUUUUUUUUUUUUUUUUUUUUCUUUUUAUCCCAUUUGCAUCUGAAUACUUUGGUAAAGGUUAAUUUGGUGUAUUUUUAGCUAUUUUUGUUAAAGUACUCAACAUUAAAGGCAUAUAAAAUAAAAAUGUGUAGUUUAAUAAACUGGUACUGUACUCCUAUAGCAAAUUUACAGUAACAGCAUAGGGAUUUAAAAUGUUUACAUUGGAAUUGAAAUUAAACAAAUCCAAGUAAUGCGUUGACAUCAGAGGCUACUCACUGUAGAAGCAAGGCAAUACUGACAUUGUUGCCAUUGACCCACUUUGGGUGUCAAGUCACGUUGUUGGUGCUUUUUUGAAACGCCACCCAAGCAUGAUGUGCAAUACAUAUUUUUAAUUUUCUUUUUUUGGGAGGGGGUGGCAUGUGAGUGUCUAAAGAGUUCAAACUUCACAUCUCUGUAUUGAGAUCAACAUCAAUGUUCCAUGAUAGAUAAAAUUUAUUUUCUUUGGCCAAAGCAUGUGUUCGGUGCAUGUGUUUUCCAAAACAUGCGUGUUAUACAGCCUUUGUUUCUUGAACUGAACAGCCAGGCUGUUCACGUUUUUGCAGGGUAUUUGUUUCUAGAACAUAAAGCUUUGUUAAACAAUGCAAACAGUUAUUUCCAUUCCACAUUUUUGUGACAAAAUAAAUAUUGUUGGAUGAAACUGUGCCUUUAAUGUAAAACCCUGCCUGAUAUUUCUAAAUGUACAGAGCGGAAAUGUAAAUAAACUUGUACAGUGUCUUUUUUUUGUCAACAUAGUGUCUUCCAUAACUUGUCAGAAAAUGUUUUAAAGCCUCUACCAAAGCACGCAACGGUGGGUUAGGAGAAGUUACUUUUUUUCUGCACUGCAAAUGUCUUUUAUGAAAGCAACUGAGAUUUCAGGAAAAAGGUUUGAUUCUUGUGUCCGAACUUAACUUUGCUGCUUCAUGACGUUCUUUGUUUGGCGUUCAUUCAGUGAGGAAAGAAUUGUGCUAAUUUUUUAAGAGACACACUGCUAAAAUGCUUUCAGUCUUAAAUGGUGUGUUGAAUGAGGGGUUUUUUUUUUGUUGUUUUUGUUUUUUUGAUCCUGUGAUACCCUGUUCACCAUUUAAAAAAUAAAAAUCACAUGACUUCUCUGAGA